GGAGAACAAGCAUAGCGAAGAUGGCGCCAACAAACAAGAUGAUCAGUCUGGCAAACAACAAAUACGAGGUGCAGCGCCUCCCGAAGAGGCAAAAGGGCUUGCGCCUGUGGUCGAUCAAAGCGAUCAGCUUACCCGUAAGACCAAUGCCAACGGCGCUGGGGCUGAUACAGUUAAGACAGCGGCACGGAAUGCAUGAUUUAUUCCUGUUGAUAUACCAUUCCCAUUGAUAUAAGAACAUGCCAUUUUGUUGCUCAUCUUACUUAGGGAAAAUUGUGGUAGCUUUGUUAGGAAGUCAUGAAUUAAUAAUUGGAUAGCUCUCAUCAUCAUCUCAUCAAGCUCAUCAUCAAGCACAUCAUUGUUGAUUCAAAGAGACGACUAAAAUUCAGUAAGCCGAGUGACGUGCUGGACGGCAGGUAGCCGAAAGCUCUAAUAUUUAACAGGUAUCUGGAGGACGUACGAAAGAUGAAGCUGCACCUUCUGGUGUCCCUGCUAAGCAACAGCCAGCGGCUGCUGUGGCAAGCGAGUGGAGUGCAUCUGAAAAAGAGGCAUUGAUGGCAAAAGGCGGGAGGAGUGCCUUAAUGAGUAUACGUAAAAAAUGCAAGGAAGAUGGAGUGGCGCCGUGGACUGUGGUGUUAUGGUCAGCGUUUCGCCAUCUUUCUCAGCAUCUCGAUCCGUGUUUCCGAUGGAAUACAAGGGAAACGGCGCGAGAUGAGGGGACCGGUAUGCGUGAAAGGCUGACUCUAAUGGUGGACCGAACUGGGAAACGCCCGUCCUGGUAUACGCCAAAGGAGGAAGGAGCUGGAGUGGAGAUCGUGACGGACCGAGGGGACGGGAAGAAGAAAGCCUUGACGAAAGAAGGCAAAAAACUGUGUGCAGACGGGAGGGACGAGGCUUUCUUCGUGAGGUUUUUUGAACAGAAUGAUCAGGUCAUGGACCAGGCAAAUAAUGUGCACAGGAAAAGCCUAAAGUGCCUCGAGGCGAAAGUUAAGGCCCCCUCUUCACCUUAAUCUCGUAUGUAACAAGUUUUAGCAACCACGGUUCGCGCGAAGGAUGUUGAACGUCAGACUUGUAUUUAUGUGAAUGAUAUGGCUAAACAUGUGUGGACUGCAUGUAUGAUUGAUAGAUAGAUAGAGCGCUUUCUUCUGAAGUUCAACAUCUACCACAAGAAUACCAUAAGAUCACUUACCACCUGGGUUGACAACUUUCAAUAUAUAUAAAUAGAUAGAUAGAUAGCGAGAUAGAUAGAUAGAUAGAGAGAUAGAUAGAUAGAUAGAUCGACAGCGAGAUAGAUAGACAGCGAGAUAGAUAGAUAGAUAGGUAGAUAGAUAAAUGUUUUUUCAAACCUUUGAAUUUAUGGCCACAUGAUCAAACUUAGUUGCACAUUGCAGCAUUGCGGCCGUUAUAGCUCUAACUUUGUUGCGGCCAGGAGUGCAUCAAAAUUAGAUAAGCCUUAAGGUAGCUCAAUGGCUCCGCACGGUCCUGGGUGACGUUCUUCGUCAUCCUCUGCGAUGUCGCCCGUGUCCUGUGGCUAGUGCUAGCCUGCGCAAGCACAGGGUAAAAAUGAGAAGACAAAGCAUUUGGCUUUCGUUGUUGUUUUAUCAUGGAGACCCUUCAGGCUUAUCGCCCUUCAUCCGACUAGGCUAACUAGAUCGCGGCCCUUAUCUGUCACCAUCUAGGUGUAGCCACUUGCUUCACACGCUAAAGUCCUCAAGAUUGUGAUCUUGAUGUUGAUGAUGGUGAUGCUGUUGUUGGUGAUCUUAGUGUUGCUGCCGUGAUGAUCUUUUUGUUCCUGUUGUGUCCUUGAUCAUGAUGCUCGUGAGUGGUCUUCUCGGUGUUUAUUAUGAUCGUGGUAAGUUGAUAUUUAUGCUGAUGCUUAAGGUGAUUCAUAACUUGCGGGUCGACAAAAAGCGUAGACUUGAUGGUGUGCCCAACUUUCGAGCUCCUCAAGACACGACAGACUGAAGAACUAGACGGCAUCGAGCCACAGCGUGACUGGAUCCGCAUCAAAGAUGAUGGAGAGGCGAGCUGCGUAGGAAACCAGAUACAACUGAGCGAGGAGGAGAUCACCAAAAAGGAAAAUAUGGCGAACCAAGAGGAUGACUAUACCAAGCCAUGCAACUCGGGCUGGAUGACAAGACAUCCGGGUUCUGAGUGUGAGUUAUGAGUAGCCAUGAGGCGUAUUAUUCGAUGUCCACAAACAAUUCGUUACUAGGAAGUAAGGGAUUUGCUCGUUUUUCGUACGAAGACCAUCCAACCAGGAAACUCAAAUGGUUCGGCAGGAUGGCGAAAGAAAGAUGGCCGUAGAAAGACGAGGUAACAGAAAUAACUGCCUGUUAAUGAAACACUCUUUAUGAUUACCUUCUUCUUCGAAAAUUUACUGCAUAGGCGUGGCCAUGGCCAGGCACAGCUCUUUUUAGAUUCGCACUGAUUGAAAUGGAGCCAGCACGCAGGAGAAGUCUUACCUGAUGAUCUAUGUUCAAGAUUCAUUCAUUCUAAUGUGAUUUGCGGACAAAAAAUCUGGUGAGAAAUGGAAGGGCAUAUGCUUAGAAAACUGGACUCGCUCGAAACUAGAGUUGACCUCUGCAGAACCUAGCAGCACGCGCGAAAGGUUUUGGAAUGGGCGCGGCAGAACUCGCUACGCAAGUUAUGGCUACCAACAGUUUCUCCUCAAUGAAUAGGAACGUCCUUUUCCCUUUCUCUCCUUCAAGGAGACGGGAAGGAUGCGCACAUGGAUGCGAGUGCAAUAGUUCUAAUCUAGAUGCGAAUGCGGGAAUCUGGAGCAAUGGCGUGAGGAGACUAAGAAGAUGAUGGGGAAGGCUGCGGCCACGGCAGAGCCCGGCAGUGGAGGCUGAUGAACAGUAGAAGGCUCCUCGGGGAGUCUGAAGAAUGGCUUGGUUGUCUAAGAAAAUACGUCUCUCGUACCACUGGAUGAGUAUAAUGUAGUUUUACCCAGAGUUGUCGAUUCUUCAGUUGUUCAAAAUUUGUACUCUUACUCAGCUUUUUCUCUUCUCAUGGUAUGUAGGUUGGUUGUUCAUGAUGAGAUUCAUACUGAUGUCUUCAUUGAGUUCACGAAAACUCAGAGCGUUGUUUUUGUUCAGUCUGCUUGUAGUUCGUUUGUUGUGAAAUAGUCGCAUUUACUUAAUCCUGCGAAAAUAUGACACUAGAAAACCCCGGAUCUGUAACUGUAAAAUAAUAGUAGGAGUAAUACUCGGGAUGACGUGGGUGGAAACUCCUAAAAACUGUGAUACAGCAAGACAAGCUUUGUGGCAUAGAAGUUUUGUCACACUGCCAGCUCAUUCUUGGAGAGGAAGAAAAAGUAGACCCUACUACAUGAGAUGAAAUAAUCUUCAGAAAAAAUAGUUCGACAC